AUGGCGCGCCACCAUGGCGCUUUUGAUUGGCUGGGAGAGCGCUCAAGCGGGGCAACGGCUUUAUCACUCUUCUCCGUCACAAACAACGUCUCCCUCAUCACCGUCAACGUCAGCCCCGGCACUUUUCUCGCAGUCAUCGCCUUGCUGCUCUGCUUCCUCAGCCUCUACCGAAUCAUCAGCAUCAUCGGCACUGAUACGCAGUGCGCCGCCCUCGUCCUCGGUUGCCGUUGCGACCACGACUGGUCGUCGACAGCCCAAGCCGCUCCAAAAGGCCCUGCCUGCGCUGCCGGCACCACCACCGCCGCCGCUUGUCCCAUGACGGAAGCCACCACAUCGACCCGCCAGUCCUCGGUUCUGCCCAGCACCGAACCCGCGACGGACGAGGACGACGAGGACCGACUGCCGCCAGCGUCGCCGUCGAACCUCGGCGCGGACUCGGAGGCGGACUCCGCCGCUGGUGGCUACUCACCACCGGCGUGGCGGAGGCUCGACAACGGCGACCGCAGCAGCGGCUUCUGGAGGCUCCCGCCUGACGGUGUCGUCACCGCCGCUCAACGACGGCUGCUGCUGCAUCCUCGCGGGUUUUCACCAGUUUCUGACAACAACAACGACAACAACGACGACGACAACGACAACGACAACGACGACAACGACAACGACGACAGCGACACCGAGAGCAUCUCCGAUAUCAGUAGCAUCCUGCAGCGCGCAAUACGGACGAGGCUGCCCGCCGGGAGCCAGAAUAUCCGCUUCGCCGUCCGCGCCGAAGUCCAGCAGCGCACCGAGCCCAUCGAAGCCGCUCUCCUCUUUGUGCGCACGCGCUACCAAGCCGCCACCUCGUCCUGGCGUGUCAUCUUCACCAACGCGACCAUUGCCCUGCUCAGCGCGCUCUUCAUCAAGUUCCUGCUGCAGCCCGUCGCCUCGCGGCCGGCCGGCGACCUGGUCAAGGUCGCCGGUGUCGCGCGCUCCUUUGAGCCCCUCAUCUACUACUCGGAGCACGCCGUCGCGCAGGUGCACGAUUUGCAAGCGACGAGCGUCGCCGUCUGGGACCUGGGCGAGAGCGUGCGCACGAGCGACAUGCGCGACGCGGCGAGCAUCAUCCACGACCUAGACGCUCUCAGCGACACGAUGCGCACGCUGUCGGUGGAAAUGACCAAGUUCUUCGCCAGAGUGGAUGGGGAUGUGGAUGGCAUCUUGAAUGUCAUGGACUGGGCGCGCAUGCACCUUGAUCGUCUCCGCGCCGCGCCGCCGGCGUCGACCUUGGCCGCGGCGUACGACAACAUGCACAACCUGCUCUCGCACGUGCGCGUGCUCGAAGACGACCAGGGCAGGCCCACAUCCCUCGGCACCAUCGCCACCUCCAUCUUUGGCCUAUCCAAUCCCCAGCGCGAGCAGCGCCUCAUCCAGCUGCUCUUCACCGAGUUCCUGACGGUCCUCGAGGAAAGCAUCGGCUCCGAGCUGCAGCACAGCGUCACCCUCUUUGCCCUGUUCGAGGCCGUCGACCGGCACUUUCUCAACCUCGCGCGCGCCGUCGGCCGCGAGGCCUCGGCCCAGGAGGCCCUGCGCGCAGACGCCCUCGCCGGCCUGUGGGUGCGGCUGCUGGGCGCGCACGCCUCGACGCUGCGCAAGUUUGGACGCAACCGCGAAUUGCUCCGCGACAUCCGCGACAAGACGGUCCGCAACAAGCGCGUCCUCGUCGAGCACCACGGCCGCCUGCUCACCCUCCAGGCCUCGCUCGAGCGCCUGCGCGGCCGCCUCGUGUCCCCCCUCGUCCGCGGCGCCAACGCCUCCACCACCCUCCUCUCCCUCGAGGACCAAGUCACCGGCAUCGCCUCCGUCAGCGAGUACCUCGCCGGCUUGCGCAGACACCAAAAGGGCAAGGUCAUGGCGAAUCUCUUUUCGACCCAGCCGGGCCAGAGGAUCCCCCUCGUCGGCGCCGAGCAACCGCCCCGCGUCGGCGGCUUCGAUGCCAGUGGCAACACGGUGUAA